AUGCCUUUCUACCCUCCGUCAUGGGUUCCUCAGCUUCCCGAAAUUCCUGACUCCAUCUCAUUGGAAACAUUCAUGUUCGACAAGCGAUACGGUCGCCACCCAGUGCAUCAGUCUCGCGCUCCGUUCACAGAUGGACUCACCGGCAGGGCCUAUAGUAUUUUGGACGUGAAAGAGCGUGUUGACUUUCUCUCACGUGCUCUAUCCAAGGAGCUCAGCUUCAAAACUCAACAAGGCUCAGAGUGGGACAAGGUGGUUGCAUGCUUUAGUCUUAACUGCAUUGACUAUUUAACCCUGGCCUGGGCUGUCCAUCGACUUGGAGGCAUCUUAACCUGCGUAAACGCCUCGUACAAUGCCGGCGAACUGAGGUUUCAAUUGAAGGAUUCCGGGGCCAAGGCCGUCUUCACCUGCCUCCCCCUACUCAAGACAACAAUGGAAGCAGUGGAGGGAAUCGGCAUCCCCAGGCUUCGAAUUUUCCUCCACGAACUCGCUUCGAGCAUUACAUCCGGCCUCUGCAACCCUGGCCUACAAACAACAGACGACUUGAUCAGAGCGGGUGCCAAAUUGCCUUCUUUCAAGCCUGCCGACUCAGAUUGGAGGAAGGGAGAUGGCGCGAAGCGGAUUGCAUUCCUUUGCUACAGCAGCGGAACUUCUGGUCUCCCCAAGGGCGUCAUGAUAUCGCACAGAAACGUCAUUGCUAAUACCAUUCAGUUCGUUGUUCAUGGAAUGCCGAACCGAGAGGCCAUUAAGAAACAGCUCGGUGGGGGAGACUACACGGAGAGCUGCCUAGGGCUCCUGCCAAUGUCGCAUAUUUACGGCCUGGUCGUUGUUUGCCAUGUUGGUCCUUAUCGAGGAGACGGAGUUGUCGUUCUUCCCCGAUAUGAUUUCAAGCUUUUACUCCAGACUAUUCAGGACUUCAAGAUAGAAAUGUUGUAUCUCGUCCCGCCCAUGAUUCUUCAUAUGACAAAGCAAGCCGACAUCGUCAAGCAAUUUGACAUGUCGUCGGUCCGGGCAGCCUUCACGGGAGCCGCGCCCCUAAGGGAGGAUACAGCGAAGGACUUUCUAAGGGUCCUCCCCAACGUUGUGCUUCUCCAGGGUUACGGACUCACAGAGACCUCGACAGUUGUCUGCAAAACUGUGCCCGAGGAUAUCUAUUUGGGAGGAUCUGGCUCACUCCUACCUGGAUAUGUCGCCCGGAUCGUUACUCCCGAGGGUGAAGAGGUGGAAGAGUACAACAAGACUGGUGAGCUUUGGGUACAUUCUCCGUCUGUUGUUGUCGGAUAUCUCAACAACAAAAAGGCCACUGAUGAGACGUUUGUGAUUGCUGACGACGGGUUGCGAUACAUGAGAACGGGGGAUGAGGCACUCGUGAUGAAGAGUCAAGAGGGCAACGAGCACAUUUUCAUUACGGACAGAAUCAAGGAGUUAAUCAAAGUCAAGGGGCAUCAGGUUGCCCCAGCCGAGCUGGAAGGCCAUCUUCUGACGCAUCCCGCUGUGAAUGACUGUGCAGUUAUUGCAGUCCCUGCUGAACGAGAAGGGGAAGUACCAAAAGCCUUCGUUGUGAAAAAGCCUGGCGUCAAAGGGGUCGAUGGUGACAUCAUUGAGAGCAUCAAGAAGCAUGUUGCCGAUCAUAAGAGUGAUUACAAGCGACUGAGAGGUGGUGUAGAAUUCGUUGAUGCGGUACCGAGAAAUCCCAGCGGGAAGAUCUUGAGACGUCUGAUCAGAGACACAGAACUGGCCAAAGCAAAGCGCGGGCAGGCCAAGAUUUAA